CAACCAAAGACAAAAAUCAUAACCAAAAUUAAAUGAGAAAAUAAAAAUCAAAAAAAUACGAAAAAUAUAUAAAUAUUGGAUUUCGAAUUCUGAAAUGAAAUGAAAUAACAAAAUAAUAACCAAAACAACAACAAAAAAUAUCAAAUCAACAAAUGUACAACUUGAUUACGCACCGAAAACAUAUCCUCUAAGGCGGCAUUCAUAGUUUUCCCCAACCCAUCCAAAGGAAAAAAAUAACAAAAAAUAAAAAAAAUACCAAACAACCACAAUUUGCGGAAAACAAUAACCGAAAUCAAAAAUAAGACUCAUUCACGUAGCCAAUUCCCACAAAAAAAAAAAUCUGGUCCCAAGGCACCCCAGAAUUGAGAAUAAAUUUGAGGAAGAAAAAACACAACAAAAAUCCAUGGGAAAAAGUAUACCAACCAUUUUUGCAUUUUGAUUUCCCUGCCACCCACCAAUUUCUCCCACCCUCUCUCUUUCUCUCUCCUCUGCCUUGGGAAAAAUGUUACAUUUUUACACGAGCAUGGAUAUGAAAAUGUUAACUAUUUUAUUGGCCAUAAUAAUAUUUGCACGGAGAAGCCAUGGCAAAGAUGUGGCAACACUGGAGGAAGCUGGUUCAGUGAAUGGCAGCAUUACAGCCAUGGGUGGUGAGGGCUUGCUGCUGGAGGUGGUGGGUGACAUUGACGAGGCCAACAAAUUUGUGGAAGACAAUUCCAAUGUCUUUAAGGAAGCACAAAAUAUGGAUAUGGAAUUUGAUGGCAAUGCUCAAGGCAACAAAAACAACAACAACCAUGAGCAGGGAAGACAGCAGCAGCUGCCAGAGGCGAAGAAUGUUCAGGACAAAAUUCUAGAAAGAGAAACUCUAGCUGACUAUGAGGGGGAUGACGGAGAUGAUGAGGCUUCCUUUCCAACACCUGAGGCUGCCAGAUAUAACAACAACAACGAAGACGAAGGCAAACAUUUACUACAAUUUGUUAACAACAACAAUGACAAGGUGUACAACAACAACAACGAUGGGAGACAUUAUUACCAACAUCAUUACCAACACAAAGAACAAAAGUGUCAACAACAUCAUCAUCAGCAGCAUCGGCACCAACACCAACAAACACCCCAUCAUUAUCGACACCCUCACCCACAACAUACGGUGCAUACUUUUAGGCGCCAACACAAAGAAGACUUUCAACGCUCACCUCAAACAGAUUUGGAUACUUUAGAACGUCACAAACAGCAUUGGCGGCAUCGGAGCCGGGGUAGUGGUAGGGGGCCAAAAAGCCACAGACAAAAGACGUCUAAUGAGAAAUCGGCGAUGAAAGGCAAAAACCGAAAAUUAAAAAAUUCAAUAACCAAUUCUGAGCAACAACAAAAACAGCAGAAACAAUCACAAAGCACAACAAAGAAAACUCAAGGAGACUUGGAGCUGUUCAAUGACUUCGAGGAUUUUAAUUAUCAAAACGAUGAUGAAAGUUUCAUGGCAAAGUGGAACAAUGGCGAAUCGAAUCUUGAAGAUUCCUUUACCCCCCUACCCCUUAGCACAAUAUAUCCCUACAUAAUGGAUAUCUCCUCUCCUCUGCCCGAAGAUUUCUUUUUCGACAAUGGCGAGAGUAUUUUUCCACAUCCCAGCAAUCAACAGCCUCAAGAUUAUUUUGCGGCCUCACCACGUUCGGGUAGGCAUCGGGGCCGGCAAAAUCAUCAUCACCAUGCCCACCAUACCCAUCACAGCUAUCCUACGAAUCACUUUUCUUCCUCCAUCCCCUUGGCGGGAAGUAGUAAAAAAUUCCGUUCCCUACCGGAAACCGAAGAGGACUUCCAAAUGCCAGGCUAUGGCACGGGCAUGAUGUUGGCCCAUCCCCAUUGGCCCAUAAAACGUGAGGCCAUCGUGGAGGGUGAUGUCAUUCUUGGUGGCCUGAUGAUGGUCCACUCGCGUGAGGAUAAUCUCAUGUGUGGUCCCAUAAUGCCACAGGGUGGCAUUCAGGCACUGGAGGCAAUGCUCUACACCAUCGAUCGCAUCAAUGAGCGGGGCCUGUUGCCGAACAUUACUUUGGGUGCCCACAUUUUGGAUGAUUGUGACAAGGAUUCGUAUGGCCUGGAAAUGGCUGUGGAUUUUAUAAAGGGUUCCAUUAGCAACAUUGAUGAUGCUGAGUACCACUGCAAUAAGACUCAGGUCCGAAAGGUGAUAUCUGGCGUUGUGGGUGCUGCCUCUUCUGUAACUUCCAUACAAGUUGCCAAUUUACUGAGACUGUUUCGAAUACCACAGGUCUCCUUUUUCUCCACCAGUCCUGAGCUGAGCAACAAACAGCGUUUUGAAUAUUUCUCAAGGACCAUACCUUCGGAUCAUUAUCAAGUGAAGGCCAUGGUGGAAAUUGUCAAGCGGCUGGGAUGGAGCUAUGUUUCCAUAAUCUAUGAGGAGAGUAACUAUGGAAUAAAGGCAUUCGAAGAAUUGGAAGAGCUGUUGGCACGCCACAACAUCUGUAUCGCUGUCAAGGAGAAGCUGGUUAAGGACUCUGGUGUGGCCGAUGAAACUGCCUACAACAAUAUUGUGCUGAAACUGUUGACCAAACCGCGGGCACGUGGUGCCAUAAUAUUUGGAUCCGAUCAGGAAGUACGUGAAGUUAUGCGAGCUGUGCGUCGCAACAAUGCCACUGGGGCGUUUUCGUGGAUUGGUUCGGAUGGCUGGAGUGCCCGUAAUUUGGUAUCGGAUGGCAAUGAGCCUGAGGUUGAAGGCACUCUCUCGGUCCAGCCCCAGGCAAAUCCCGUCAAAGGAUUUGAAGAAUAUUUUCUCAACUUAACGGUGGAGAACAAUUUGCGGAAUCCAUGGUUUGUGGAGUUCUGGGAAGAUCAUUUCCAGUGCCGUUAUCCCGGCAGUUCCAGUACACCAUACAACAACUACAACCGGACAUGUUCGAAAACCGAACGUUUGACUCGAGAGGAUACUGAUUUUGAGGAUCAGCUGCAGUUUGUCAGUGAUGCUGUUAUGGCAUUUGCCUAUGCUUUGAGAGAUAUGCAUCGAGAAUUGUGUGGCGGUAAGCCAUCGUUGUGCGAGGCAAUGAAACCAACGAAAGGAGCAGAUUUGCUGAGAUUCUUGAGGAAGGUGGAAUUUGAGGGCCUCAGUGGUGAUCAUUUCCGUUUCGACAACAAUGGCGAUGGGCCAGCUCGUUACAAUAUUAUUCACUUCAAGCAAAUCAAGGAGGGCCAAUACAACUGGGUCAAGGUGGGAGAGUACUAUGAGGGAGAGCUGCGUCUGAACAUGUCAGAGGUCCAGUUCAAAAUGCUACAACCCAAACCCCCAGAAUCCGUUUGCAGUUUGGAAUGCGAAAGAGGUCAGGCCAAGAAAUAUGUUGAGGGUGAAAGCUGCUGCUGGCACUGCUUCAAUUGCUCAACCUAUCAAAUCCGCCAUCCCACCGAUGAAACCCAGUGUCUGACCUGCCAGCUGGGCACCCUGCCGGAUGCCACGAAACAAUUUUGCCAAACCAUACCAGAAGUGUAUUUACGACCCGAAUCGGCCUGGGCCAUUGGUGCCAUGGCAUUUAGUGCAACGGGCAUAUUGGUGACGCUCUUUGUUGUGGGUGUGUUUGUGAGACACAAUGACACACCAAUUGUCCGGGCAUCCGGCAGGGAGCUGAGCUACAUACUCCUAGCGGGCAUUCUGAUGUGUUAUGCGGUCACAUUUGCCCUGGUCCUAAAGCCAACGAAUGUGGUGUGUGCCAUACAAAGAUUUUCUGUGGGCUUUUGUUUCACCGUCGUCUAUGCUGCCCUGCUAACCAAAACGAAUCGCAUUGCACGCAUCUUUAAGGCUGGCAAGCAAUCAGCCAAGCGUCCCUCGUUCAUAAGUCCCAAAUCGCAGUUGGUGAUUUGCUCAUUUUUUAUAUCGGUGCAGAUAUUGAUAAAUGGCGUCUGGAUGUUAAUAGCCCCCUCCCAUGCCAUGCAUCAUCAUCCGACACGCGAGGAUAACCUUUUGGUCUGUGACUCUUACAUUGAUGCCUCCUACGUCAUCGCCUUCUUCUAUCCGAUUGUAUUGAUUGUCGUUUGCACUGUCUAUGCGGUGCUGACACGCAAAAUACCGGAAGCUUUUAAUGAGUCGAAACAUAUUGGUUUCACCAUGUACACCACCUGUGUCAUUUGGCUGGCCUUUGUGCCCCUCUACUUUGGGACAGCGAAUCAUGUACCAUUGAGGAUAACAUCGAUGUCCGUGACCAUAAGUCUGUCGGCCAGUGUUACGAUAGCCUGUUUAUUUUCACCCAAGCUCUACAUAAUCCUCAUACGCCCCGAGCGCAAUGUACGUCAAAGUAUGAUGCCACCACGCUCGCAUAUGCAUCGUACAGCCAACACGGGACCCUCGUCGAUGAUGGCAGCCGCUGUGGUCACAGCUGCCACCUGUGCCCAGGAGGAGAAAAUCCAAAAACAUAUCACACCCACCAACACCGAACACAGCAGUGUCAGUCAGAAGAAGAAACUCUGUGAAAUGGCCACGCAGACCAUAACGAUAUCGUCGAGCAUAUUUACGAAUUUGGAUAGCGGUAGAUAUCAGCAGAUACCCUAUGCGGAUCAGUAUGUGCCAAAUAAUCACAAUACACACAAUCACAACGACAAGCAGGAGGUGCUGGAGCAGCAUGAGCAUGCAAAUAGUGCUGUGACAGCCAUGGACCUGGUGCGCGGCCAUGAGGCCCAGGUGGUGGCGAAUAACAACAAAAUCAAUCAACAACAACAUUGUGCGGCGGCCGGUGUCAUUUCAAGUGGCCUCAAUGGGGUGGCGGUGAGCACGCCCGCUGCGAAUCAUGUGGUGGCAUCUAUGCCUCAAACUACAACGACAAUGGCGCCCAAAUGCAACGAAACGACAACAACAACAACGCACAAAGUCGGCCCAGUGCUGACAACAAGUUUAUAGCCUUUGUGCGGAAACUAUUAUGGCGAA